AUGUGCUGCCCUCAAGAAAACGUUGCACCUCAAUCAAAAGUCGAUGAAAAUACUUUAGUAACAUUAAACAGUAAGUCGUCUUCAGGUUCUAGUUCAAACAGUACUUCAUCUUCAGAUAGCAGUUCAAGCAAUGAUUCGUCUACAGAUAGUAGUUCAAGCAAUGAUUUAUGUUCAGAUAACUUAGAUUCUAAAAGUGAUCCUUAUGGAUCAGAUGACAGAGUUGCAGAUCUUCCUUAUAAUCCACCCGAAAUACCAAUGACUGAAAUGAUAGCUGAAAUACCUACAAAUAUUAGAGGUGCAAAGAGCAAGGUUAAAUACCAUUCAAACAACGAAAAAAAUGGUCGGAAAAGACUGAAACAUACUUCGAAAAAGCUAAGGCAAAGAGCUUGCGAAAUAGUGGAGAAGCUUAUUUGUAUAUAG